AUGGCGGUGCCGCAAAGCAUUGUCUUCGAAGUACAGACGAUCAUGGACGGGGAGAUGCCAUUAAACAGCAAGACCGAAGCCAUUUUGGCAUGCUUGGAGAAUGCGGGGCUUGCAUCGAAGCAGCGACUGCUGCCCCGGCAUCUGCUCAUCCAUCCGGACAAUCGCUCCCAGUCCAUGCUCAGUUACCAUGACGUCUGGUCGAAGGGGUUGGCCAUGAGCAUGGUUGGUUUCAACAUCAAGCUGGUGGAAGGCACCACCAUUGCAUUCGCCAUGAGCACAGAGCCAGAGAAGAGAGCCAUGCAGCUGGCCAAGAACAAGGCAUUGAUCGACAAUGCCAUGGGGCAUUUGGCGCCCAUGAAUGGUUCAGAAGGCUACUUGACCAUCGGGGGCAGCCAUACAGUUGCAUAUCUUCGCUGCAUCGAAAACGGUGUGACCGGGCCAUCGGCGGAGUCAAGCACCCAUCCGAAAUCGGAUGCUAUCUGGCGAGCCAUCUCCGAUGGCUGGACAUGGGUGACCAUUUCCAGCGCUGUGGAGGAUGCCAUACCCAUUUUGCCAUCAUUUCUCCAAUCAUCAUUGAACUCUGCGAACAGCAUCCAGAAGAACAUCUCCGAGCUGGAGGUUGCCAUGCUCUUGGCCACAUGCUUUGGCAAGGGCAUGACAUUGGCACAGGCUGUGAAGCAUGCGGAGCAUACUUCACAGAUGUCCCGGACAAGCAUUAAUGCCAUCGGCACAUAUGUCAUGAAGUUCAGUGGGCAUGCGGGGUCAUUCCCCAUUUUGCAUUUCUUGUCGAACUUCAGCAAAGUGCAUUCCUCCAGCAUGCUCCUGGGCGAGGACAUGAUGACACAGAUUGCAACCAUGGACUUCAAGUCAUCCACGAACAUGUAUCCAAUGACCAGAGCCGCCAUCUGGUUGACCUUGUUGGCAUGCCCGAAGAAUCAUGAGAGGGAUGGUUUUGCUCGGAACCUCAUUCGCUCAGACAUUGAGCGAUUGAGGCAGGCAGCAUGCCUGCCCAUGACAACCAAAGCGGAGCAAAUGCUCCAGGAUGCAUGGGGCAUCCAUCAAAGCAUCCAUGCAGGCCAAGGCAAGCACAUUGACGGCCAUCACGUGGACAAUUGCUUUGGCCGCCUGUGCAUAAGGACCAUCUUGCAUUUAUGCAACAAGGCGAAGACUGGCAGCAGGGAGUGCAAGGAGUUUGCAUCGAAGAGCGAUGAGAAGCCCAUAGUGGACGUUCUGUCGGCGAAGCCGCAUGUUGUGGCAUUGCUGCAGAAUGCCCACAUGACCAUGGGCGGCAGGUACACGAACAGCAAAGAACAUGGCUCCAUGGUUUUCAUCCUCCAGAGUGUCAGUGACGAUGGGGCAUGCAUGCGGCACACCCCAUUCUUCGGCGACAGCAUCGACAUCAGUGUCCCACUGGAGUCAUUGAAGAAGUGGAGGAGCACUAAAACACCCAUGCCGAAGCUUUGUGAUGUUACCAUGGUGACGAUGCGCAUGCCCAAUGUUCAUCCCGCCUUUGUUGAGGAACAUCAGCGGGCCAUGGUGACAGUGGCAUUGCAUGCCGUGCACAAGAAGCAUUCGUCGACCAGUUCCCUUGCAUUCGGGCAGUUCCCCCCCAGCUUGAUGACCAUGGUCACAUGCAAGAAGAAAGCAGGCAAGCUGACACCCAUGGGCAACAUUUCCAAGCAUAAAGCAGAAGGAGCUCCAAAGGGCACAGCCUUGGAGGCAUUUGGGUCUCAUUGGGUUGUUUCCCCACCGAAGCAGAACACAUUGUUCGAGGAUGAGAGGCAUCCGUUGGUGCCAUACUUUUGGGUGAGAGCAUGUGCAUCGGAUGCCCAGCCGAACAUGUCAUUUUCCACCAUCGUGCAGGAUGGGGUCACGGUGCCCAUGCUCUACAACGAGGAGCCCAUCGAGAAGCAUGAAGUGUUGCUCCACCCACCCAUGGAGGAGACCAUGCAGGAGCCGCCCAAGAAGAAGGCCAAGGCAAAGGCCAAGGCAUCAUCCGACACGUCGGUGCCGACACCGCCAACCAUGCCGCCACCAUCAUCGAGCAGCCAUCCGCCGCCAUCGGCAACCAUGCCGCCACCAUCUUCGAGCAGCCAUCCACCGCCAUCUCAGAGCACAUUGCCUCCGGAACACAUGCCGGUGGCAUGGUUGCCAUGGUGGCAUGAGGGAAACGAACGGCUCCGUAGCUUCAUGGUCCAUGCAUUGCAGACACAUGAGGACAUCGGAUCCAUGUGGGGGCGAUGGCAUGCAUCGGAUGAGAUUGGAGGCAUAUGGCGCCAUUGGUUGGACAAGCAGUUCAUAGCGGUCCAUCCCGACAUGGGCAACAUUCCGGGCAACGAUGACAUCAGAGCUUUCAUAGCCAUGCUCAAUAGAAGCAUGUGA